CCAACCCUGGUUUGGGUUUGGGCUUCUGGUGCUGCUGCAGCUGCCACUAUUUACCACGCUCCAUGCGCAUGUUAGCAUGAAUCCCCGUUGUUUCUGGGUCCUUCCGUUGCUCCUUCUUCUAGCCCUACACACUUUAUCUUGUCUUCUAUGUUGUAUGCUUCGGCGAAGCCUUCUUGCUCUCUACGAUCAUCCUUUCCUUCCCCUCUCAGCAAUCGCCGCCUCGGAUCUGGAUUCGAUUUUGCUCACGUUUGUUCAAUUUCGAUCAAUUCCACCCGAUUUUCAGGUUUUUCGGAUCAACUGAGCUGGGAAUUGCCUGAAACCGACUGAUUUAGAUAAAAGGUUUUUAAGGAGCAAGCGUCUGGAAAAUCUUGCCUCGUGAGUUCAUGCAGCAAUGCGAGCACAUGAUAGAUAUGAUGAGUAUGAAGAUUUAGACGAGUAUGAGGAGGAUGGUGAUGAGCAAGAAGAGAAAGAUGCUGGUGAAGAUGAAUAUGAAGAGGAAGACGAUCCUAAGCCUGCCAAGGAGGUGUUGAAUUAUCUUGAACUGAGGCAACGAUUAAAAGAAGAGAAAAGAAAGAAGUUGAAGAAGGAAUUGGGAACUGCUAAUGGCAGUUCUCGUGAGAAAAAGAAUGUGAUCUCAAAGGAUGUGAUCUCAAAGGAUACUUAUGGUUCCUUUUUUGGACCUUCACAACCAGUUAUUGCUCAGAGAGUGAUCGAAGAAAGCAAGUCAUUACUUGAGAACCCGGAUUUGGCAGCUAGAGUCAUUAAAUUUAAUCAAAGUGGAAACAAGAGCUCUGGUUCAGCCUCAUCUGUGUCAAAGUCUCAAGCUGGUGCUGGCCCCCGAGCAAAAGUUACAAAUGGGCUACAAAAGAAAGUCGAGAUGCUAAAAAAUACCAGGGAUUACUCAUUUCUAUUAGCUGAUGAUGCUGAGCUUCCUGUGCCAAAAAAAGUUCCUCAUAGUAUUUCUGCCCAAAAACCUGAGGCGCGCUCUGCACAAUUGUCAGAAAGAAGCAGAGACUCUUUAAGCAUUAAUGGACAAAAAGUUUCCAGCAGUCGCGAGGAUAAGAAACCUACAGCUGCUGUUAACCGAAUGCAGCCUAAAGUAGGGUCAGAGAAAUUUGGUUCCAGGGAUAAGCUGGUUCGGCCAUCAGUAGAGUCUGGGAAACAUCUCAGUGGAAAAAAUGGUGUGUUAGCAGAUCAUAGAAAACAGCCUUCCAUCAGCAAUGGUAUUGGGCCAGGUCGGCCCGUGGUGUCAAAGAGUGUGCCAACAAAGCCCAACAGUAAUGGUAGUGGGCCAGGUCGGCCUUUGGUGUCAAAGAGUGUGCCACCAAAGCCUUCAGUAAGUACGUCAGAUAAGAAGGCUUCGGUUCCUGUUGCAAGAACCUCUGCUCCUGGCAUUCACAAACCAAAUCCUUCAAAAGUGCCGACUUCUGUUUCAAAGCAGUCCUCUGCGAGGAAGGAGGAACACCAGGCACCAGGAAAGCCAAAGAUAUUACCAAAACAACCCAUCCCACCCUUAAAACCUAAGCAAGUAUUGCGACCAGCACCAAAACCUUCAGCUCGGGAUGCUUCAAGAGGUGAAUGGCCAAGGAAGAGGCCCGCAAGACACAAUGAAGAUGAUGAAGAUGAUCCUGAAACUGCUUUGCGUAUGAUCAGGAAUAUGUUCGGAUAUAAUCCUAGUAGGUAUGAGGAUGUUGACGAUGAUAGUGACAUGGAGGCUAAUUUUGAUGACAUUCAGAGGGAGGAAAAGAGAAGUGCGAGGAUUGCUCGGCAAGAGGAUGAAGAAGAGCUUCGCAAGAUAGAAGAAGAAGAAAGAAGGGAGCGCUUGCGCAAGGAAGCCAAAAAACGCAAGUUAAGCCAUCGAUGACCAGAAAAUGCGCUAAUCUGACAGGAAUUGUGUAAUUGUUGCUUUGCUGAGAGCCCAAGUACGUGAAGCGAGAGGAAGGAGAAAAGAGGGGUAGAGAAAAAUUGCUCUCUACUAGUCUUUUUAUAUUUCAUCUGUAAGCCCGACGUGGUGGUUUCGAUGUAGGGCUCCAUUGUUUAUUAGUUAUUAGGAAUGAUUUUUGUCAAAAGAUAGACUUACAAGGUUUUUUUCCCUUUUUUUUUUCUUUUUUGGGUCCCUUAAUCCUGGUGUAGCAAAUCAUUUGAUCAGAGGUGUAUAUUUAUCCUCAGAAUUACUUGUUCUUUGCAA